AACUAUGAAUCAUGUGCCGUUUGGCGCCAAAUCCAGUUUCCCAUUCUUCUUUUCACUAGCAAUUGUGUUGCAGAGCGUGCGACUGGUUCUGUGUAGUUUGCGAGCAUUGCAAUGAAUAAAAGGAAAAUUUCUCAAACCAAAGGAACAGAUCCAAAAACUUCCGAGUUUGCUUUCUUUACGAAAUUGAAGAAGGAUGCAAGCGAUGGAUUUCAUUUACGUCCACUGCAAAAGGAAUCUCGCCAAUCAUCUAAGAAGACAGAAUCCACAGACUAUUCCAGAGAGAAGAUGGGUGAUGUCAGGAUCGGAAGUAAUUGCGACAAUUCUUCAAGGAUCAUUGAGUACGUAUCAACUGUAAGGACAGACUCAUGUUUCUCACCUUCUGUAAAAGCUUGGAAUAAAUCAGGCUUGUACUGCAUCAGCAACACGCCCAAGGGCUCCCAGGAUUAUAGUGACAAAUUCAAAUCCCAGCGAAUAUUUUCACAUGAAGAUCAGCAUGCGCAUGGAGAAGUUUUUGCUACAAAGAGACAAAGAUUACGACUGAGUGCUGCAGAUGCCUUGUUUACAGACCCAGAGAAGCUCUGUUCAAAAGGGCAUGAUAUUAUUUCCAUGCUUCUUAGUCGGCUGUUCCCUACGAGCACUGAAGAAAAUAAAUAUGAGGAUACACAUCCAGGAAAAGAAGCGAAUGGUGCAAGAUAUGAUCUACCUGAUUCUCGAAAGUCAGAUGAUCAAUUUAAGGAGCAAUAUCGGAUACCAAAAACGAAACUUCUUGGACUUGAAUCAAGCCCAUACUUGAGAGAUCAUGUGUUGUCUCCUUCCUUUCUCAGACUAGAUGGGAGAUUUAAUCUGCACUCGAAGUAUCCAACCUAUGAUUCAAACAAUUUUCCGCCUCGAAUAACGGAACCUGACUGCAAACAAAGUGCAACUCAAAGUUUCGGUGUCGCAACCAAGGGCGAUGUAAUUCCUGAACCUUUGCUUAACGAAGCAGCAAAUGCUACCAGACAUGGUUUGCAUGAUUCUCGAGAGUUAGAUGUUCAAUUUGCAGAACACCAUCAAAUACCUAAGAGGAAGCCUCUUGAACUUGAAUCAAGUUCAUCCUUCAAUGAUCAUUUUCUGUCUCCUGUUUUUCUGCGAUCAUUUGAGAUGAUUAACCCUCAUGCCGACUUUCAACCUUAUCCACUCAACUUUCAACCUCUGCUCAGUAUGACAGAAGCUAGAAGCAAUUUUGGUGGAACUCCAAGUUUCAUUGACAAGAGUGAUGUAACCCGAGGGUUUCUGAGUAAUAACCAAGAUCGUGAAAUCUUUACAUCCAAUCAUUUCAAAGAGCUGGGGAUACCAGAGAAAGAAUCGAUUCCUCUUAUGGAAAAAGAUUUUGACUACACUGCAAAUGCGACAAAUUUUCCUACCACUUACAUGCAAUCAAAGCCAAAUAUGCCCCCUGAAUUAUCAAUUUUAGGCCACCCUGAAGAGCAGACAUUACAUAAUACAUUAGAUAGAUACCACUUUAGUCCCUCAUUCUCGCUACUGGACAAAUCACAGAACUUCAGUUCAAUAUUGGAUUCUGGUUUCUUAAGAUAUCAAGAAGUCAAGUUUGGAGGAUAUGUCUAUGAAGACAUGGACACAAAUUUUAACCACACAGCAUUGUCUCUGUCACACAGUAAGCACUACUUUAAUGUUCAGGAAAAUUGGAAGAAUCACGCGUCAUGUGAUCAAGACAGCAUGUUCUUUUCACCAUACAAACAUUGGGUCGGAAGUACAGUUUCUAGUGCCAACCAUCAUCAUCCUAAUCUGGAAACCUGGCUUCCAUCUUCACUAGAUGAAUGUCAGAGGAGCUUAUCUCUAACUAGUUCCCAUUUAAAUUGCCAAAGUUCAAGUUCAAGAACUUUACAAUUGUCACAAAGGGAAAGUGUGCCUUCUCUUUUUCAAAUUAAUGAUAAUGACGAGCCAGAAAUAGAUGGUGAAAAUCACGAGGAAGUGCUUUAUCAUUUUAGGAAAAGCUUGAUUGAAAUAUAUAACUCUUCUUUUCUCCAUAUGUCCAUGCCCAUUUCCUUUGGAUGACCGUGACUAUGCCAAUGAGCAUGUUCCAUUAGAGUCUAACACCCCAGAAUGUUUGAUCAAACGUUACC